GAUGUUCCUUAAUGACAUUGCAAUAAUGCAGCCAUCGCAGGAAGGUUGGGAUGUUCCAUUCUUUGGCUGCUGCUGAGCAUAUUGGGCUCUCCCGAGUCUCGCUCGUGGUUUCAUCAGACAAGUCUGUAGUUUGGAGCUGAUCGAAUUCGUCUGAUCCUGGCUGGCUGUCUUAUCGGCUGAGCAACGCCGAGUCGGCAUCGGUUCGGAGCAGAGAGACAAGAGCGUUGAUGCGCUUGUCCAUUGGGAUUCUCAAGUCUCUUCAACCGCGAUCAUCGAAGAUGAAAGUUGUGACAAAGACAAGCAUGUCUAUUCAGAGAACCAUGGCAGGCUUGGUAACUGGAGAAGCGGUGACUCUAAUUUGAAAACAAAGAGCAACGGGAGUUCUCGACAGAGAGGAGGGGCAUGUUCAUGGAUCGAAGGCAGGAUUGACAAUCGCGGGAGCUAUCCUAACUUGAAGAUGCCUUCCAAGAUGAAGAAAGCGCAAAAGCCAAUAGCCAGUGAUGCAAGUCUUGACAGAAAGGAGAAGCAUGUCUCUUCAGAGAUCAAAGGCAAGCUUGGUAGUGGUAUGAUCAAUGGUAAGGGUCAUUCUAAAUUGAAAACGCCUUGCUUAACAAAGACAACACAGGAGUCUGGAAAGAAAAAGGAAAAUCUUGACAAAAAGGACAAGCAUGUCUCUUCAGAGAACAAAGGCGGGCUUGGUAACAGUAGGAGUGGUGGCGACGGUGGCUGUAAUGCGAAAACACUUCCCAAGAUAAACAAAAAAUGCAAGUCCGGAAAGAGCACCGGAAGUCUUGACAGAAAGGAGGAGCAUGUCUCUUUGAAGAAUGAAGGUGAACCUCAUUUGAAGGCGCUUUCCAAGAAGAAGAAACGACCCAAGUCUAAAAAGAAAAAUCAAAGUCCUGACGGCAAGGAGGAGCAUGGUUCUUUACAGAAUGAUGACAGGAUUUGUAAUAAUAAGAGCUACAAUGAGGGUGAUCCUAAUUUGAAGUUGCCUUCCAAGACCAAGAAAGCACAUAAUUUGAAGUUGCCUUCCAUGACCAAGAAAGCACAUAAUUUGAAGUUGCCUUCCAAGACCAAGAAAGCACACAAGUUUGUUGUGCCUCACCUAUCUCAAAAAUUAGCUCAAAAGAUGAGUUUUUCCCAUACUUAUAAAGUGACUGAUAUCCCUUUCCACAACCAGUGUGAAAAAACUCCAACAAUCUUCUCGUGGGUCGGAGGAGCAGCAACAACCCAAGAAACUAUUCCCUUCCACAACCAACAUGUGAUGACCCCCCCAACAAUCUCGCCCUGGGUCGGAGCAGCAACGACCCGUACCACUUAUAAACCAACCACCAACAAAAAAAAACAGGAGUCUGGAAAGAAAACAGAAAAUCUUGACAAAAAGGACAAGCAUGUCUCCUCAGAGAACAACUGCAGGCUUGUUAACAGUUGGAGUGGUGGUGAGGGUGAUUGUAAUUUGAAAACAAUUUCCAACAGGAAGAAAAGACGCGAGUCUGGAAAGAGCAAUGGAAGUCUUGACAGAAAGGAGGAACAUGUCUCUUCCAAGAAUGAAGGCAGGCUAAGUGAUAGUAUGGACCAGGAUCAUGCGUGGGGGGACCCGAAGAAAUCUGUUGGUGGUGGCACUCCUGGGCGUCGGAUUGGUAAACUCUUUGUGUCAAAUACAGAAAUUGCUAAAGGAAGUAGUGGCACCAUUGUCCUUGAGGGCUUCUAUGAAGGUCGAUCUGUUGCGGUGAAGCGCCUUGUCCGGGCUCAGCAUCAUAUUGCUUCACAAGAAAUACAGUCUCUGAGAGCAUCUGACGGAGACCCGAAUAUUGUUCGGCUGUAUGGAGCAGAGCGUGAUCAGGAUUUCGUGUAUCUUGCUCUGGAGCGUUGUGCUUGCAGCUUAGAUGACUUAAUACGGGCACGUUCAAAUUCUUCUGGGAAAUCUGUCUUCCCUCAUGAUCCAGCAUCAAAUGCUAAUGUUGAAUACAAAAUGCAUUUGGGUUCAGUUGAGGGGACGAUGCAGGAUGUUAACUUGUGGAGGGAAGAUGGCCAUCCCUCACCUUUGCUACUCAAACUGAUGAGGGAAGUGGUCUCAGGGCUCGUCCAUUUGCAUCGCUUAGGAAUAAUUCAUCGAGGCUUAAAGCCUCAGAAUAUUUUGAUUACCAAGGAGUUAUGUGCCAAGUUAUCUGAUAUGGCCAUUAGUAGACUUCUCCCUGGGGAUACAUCUUCUUCAGAAUAUCAUGUCUCUGAUUGUGGCAAAUCGGGAGUGAAAGCGUCUGAGCAACUUUGUCCUGCGCAGCAACCAAGCUCAGUCGAUGCGUUUGGUCUUGGUUGUAUCUUGUUUUUUUGCGUCACUGGCGGAAGACAUCCAUUUGGAGACAGUCUGAAGGGCGAUAGUAAUACUGGGGAGAACACAAUGUACUUGUCCCCAGUCGAAUUUAUGCCAGAAGCCGCAGAUUUGUUCGCUCGUUUACUAAACCGAGAUCCUAACCUGAGGCCAAAGGCAUUGGAGGUACUUCACCAUCCACUGUUUUGGAAUUCAAAGACGCGACUAUCCUUUCUCCGAGAUGUCAGUGACUGGGUGAAAUCGAAAGGUUGGGGAACUAAUUCUGAUGCUCCAGGAAAAUUGGAGAGCAUUGCUGAGCGUGUUUUCGACGAGGAAUGGAAGGAAAAGAUAGAUUGUGAAUUCAUGAAGCACAUGCGUAAGUUCAGGGCCUACGUGUUUAAAAGAGUCGAAGACUUAUUGCGAAUUGUGCGAAACACUUUCAGCCAUUACAGAGAACUUCCACCAGAAAUUCAGGAGAUCGUCGGAUCAUCUCCCGAGGAUUUGGACUGCUAUUUCACGAGACGAUUCCCCAGACUCUUGAUCGAAACCUACAGAUUCGUCUCCAUGAGCUGCAAAGACGAGGAGCCUUCUCCCUUUCCGGAGUACUUCAACGGGUGAUCACAAUGGUUUAUCAGCAGCGCUCUUCGCAGCAAUGCGGGUCGAUGACCACAAUUUGCAGGAUGGAUGAUUUCGGCAUAGCAUAUGAAGAUGCCAUUACACACUUGGAAGCAUGUACAUGUAGUAAACCUGUAUGGACAUGUUUGUAUGAUGCAUAUAGGGUAUGUGAGAGAUGAUAAUUAGGACGUAUGAACAGCUACAAAAUACCAAGUCCAAUGCGCUAAUUGCUGUCUUGAGGCGGUAGAUUCAUGCCUAAA